ACUUGGUAAACGGAAUUCCCGUAGUGAUGGCGGCGCAGCCUGACGCGGAGAGUUUGGAGUCACGUAUCAACAAGGCUACAAACCCACUGAACAGAGAUACAGACUGGGAUAGCGUGCAGGCCUUCUGUGACCAACUUAACUAUGAUUUGGAGGGGCCUCAGUUUGCAACCAGGCUACUGGCUCACAAAAUCCAGUCACCUCAGGAGUGGGAGGCCAUGCAGGCCCUUACGGUGCUGGAGACGUGUAUGAAGAGCUGCGGGCGAAGGUUCCACAGUGAGGUGGGCAAGUUUCGCUUCCUCAACGAGCUUAUCAAAGUGGUCUCUCCAAAGUACCUGGGUACGCGGGCCCCGGAGCCAGUGAAGAAGAAGGUGUUGGAGCUCAUCUAUAGUUGGACACUGGGGCUGCCUAAUGAGGCGAAGAUCGCUGAGGCCUACCAUAUGCUGAAAAAACAGGGCAUUGUCAAACAGGAUCCAGUUCUUCCAGCUGACCAUAUCCUGGGGCUGCCCCUUCCUAGACCAAAAAAUGCCAUAUUUGAGGAUGAGGAGAAGUCCAAGACUCUGGCUCGCCUGUUGAACAGCCCCCUUCCUGAGGACCUGAAAGCUGACAAACUGAUCAAGGAGAUGGUAGAGGAGGACCGAAAGCGAGCAGAGAAGGUGUCCAAGCGUGUGAACACCAUCAAGGAGGUCAACGAAAGUGUCAGCCUUUUAACUCAGCUGCUGGAGGACCACGGCACGACCACCAACCCACACAGCAAUGCAGAACUCCUCCAGGACCUGUACCAGCGCUGUGAAAAGAUGAGGCCGACAUUGUUCAGACUGGCCAGUGAUACAGAGGACAACGAUGAGGCCCUAGCGGAGAUCCUCCAGGCCAACGACAGCCUCGCUCAGGUCAUCAACCUGUACAAGCAGCAGGUGAAGGGUGAGGAGGUGAACGGGAACACUAUAGCUAAUACGCACACGCUCACAGGAAAUGGUACAGCUUUGCUUGAUUUAUCAGGAUUGGACUCCUCGGCCCGUUCACCUCCGUCCUACCCAGAACUCCCUUCUUCAACAGGUGGCGUAGACGCGCCCUCUCAGGAUUUUAGUGUCAGUCUCCUGGAUGAUGAGUUAAUGUCUCUAGGUUUGAGUGAGGGGACCCACGUCUUCAACGAGGCAUCCCAUCUUGGGGACUCUACUGCCUGGGACACUUUCCAGUCUUCUGACAGUGUGGAUAUCCUUGAAGUCCCAGCUGCUCCCACUGUACUACGGACUCCAGACCCUUCACCUGGGACCCAGCUUCCUCAGCCUGGAGCCAGGUCUGGGAUUUCAGCCUUGGAUGAGUUGGAUCAACUGGGGAAGACGUUGCUCCAGCAGUCCCUGCCUCCAGAGGGUCUGCAGGUCAAAUGGGACAGGCCACUGUUCAAACCUACUCUACGAGACCUCCAAAAUAAACCAGAAUCAAAUCCAAGUCCUCUACCAGCAUUCUCGCCUGAACGCCCAGAGGUUCUUUCCAACUCCCAGCCCAGCAUAGGAGCCUCAUCGUUGGACACGCCUCAAGUCAAAACAGUCGUUGCCCCUGUAGAAUUCACCCUGGCAGGUGUUUUUGUGCAGCUUGAUUCCGUUAAGCCCAGCAGCCUACUGCCUGUGACGGUGUAUGAUGGCCACAGUUUGCGGGUCCUGUUCCAUUUUGGGCGUGACUCUCCACCCUCCCGUCCUGAUGUGCUGGUGGUGAUCAUAUCCAUGCUCUCCUCUGCCCCUGUUCCGCUCCGUAACAUCCUCUUCCAGGCCUCCGUCCCUGAAACGAUGAAAGUGAAGCUGCAGCCCGCAUCAGGGACAGCGCUUCCUGCUUACAACCCUGUCCUUCCACCUGCUGCCAUCACACAGAUCCUGCUGCUGGCCAACCCUCACAAGGAGAAGGUGAAGUUGCAGUACAAGCUAACCUUCACACUAGGAGAGGAAGACCAUGAUGAAAGUGGAGUUGUGGAAGAGUUUCCACCUUGGGACACAUGGGGCAAUCUUUAACAUCCAGGAGAUUGACUAGGUUUGGCUGCAGUAGGAGUGUUCGUGUCUGAGACUGCAUUCACUUUACCUUUGAACCAUUUUCUUCGUUUCUAAUCAUUUUCCUUGGUUAAGCCCAUCUCAGUUAAUGUGCACAACAAUACGCUCUGCAGUGAUGUCCUCAGUACAUCUUUACAAACCCUUUUGCUGCUUUUUCAACGUGGUCAUAACGGUUAUAUUAUGAAGUAAACAGACAACCGGUGUUUUGCUUUUGUGAUUCAGGAGACAUGCAGUGGCCAAUUUGAUGUUUUUUAUUAUAAAGAGAAGGCUUAUAUUGGUCUCUAAAACUGUUAGCUUCUCUAUUCAAAGCCUGCUGAACUUGUCUUUCGGUUAAUGUACUGUGUUUAGCCUUUGUUUCCUUUGAGCUUUUCCCAGAUUUGAUUACUGUGGUAAGGCGCCCAGGAGCAUGGAGAAUGAUGUCCUUGUCAUGUAAAAUAACCUUUUUCUGACUCAAGGCCUAUUUACUCACCAUCUGUGCCUAUUUUAAAGGUUUUAUUUUAGUUCACUACAGGUUGUUACAUUUUAAAUAGAUUUAUUUUCUCAGAUAUUGCAUCUGUUAAUCUGAAUUUAGGUCAAAGUCUUACUUUUGUCAAAUUCAUAGAUGACCUGUUCUGGCUAGUAGUCCUUUUUAAAGAUUAAUAUAAUUAAAGAGCAUUGUUCCUCUCCUUUAUGGAGAAUGUCUUUUUAAAGAAAUUCUGACAAUGAAGUCUAAUUUAAUUUGUGCCUAUUUUGAGGUUUCUAUUUUAGUUCUUAUACUUCUGGGCUUUAAGAGGGUUUUUUAGACAUUGCUUCUGUGAAUAUGAAAUUGGAUCUUAGUUUUAUUUCAGGUCCAUAGAUAAUAUUCCUUUUUAAAACAGACUUCCCAGAACAGGCCAAGUUGUCUUACAGUUUUGAUGGAUCACUCCUUACUUAAGGGUGAAUAAUCCCAAGUACGUUCCACAUCAGUCAUCUCUAAUACAACUAUAAUGUUGCAAGUGCUACAUUAGAAAUGUAUUUGGUCAUACAGUUUUGUUAAACAGUAGGUCACUUGUGUUUAUUCUGAAUGUCUGACAGAAUGUAUAAAGUGGAGUACAGAUAACAUUUUAUACAUUCAAAAGCUUUAUUGAAACCUGAAAAACAAAAUCCAACAGUAUAAAAGUAAACAGAAAAUUA